GAAUUAUGGCGACCCACUAAGAAGUAAGAACUUGCCAUAGCCUAAUACUCAAGCCCAGCAUUUUUAGUUAAAUGGGAACCUGUCUCAGCAGAUAUGGCUUAUCUUCAUAUAGUUGCGUUGUCAUUUCUCGUUUCAUCGUCUUGGGCUUCAGGAAAACAAAUCCAGCAACCCAAUUUGAUAUUCAUUUUAGCAGAUGAUUUUGGGUGGAAUGAUGUCAGUUUUCAUGGUUCCAAACAAAUUCCAACACCCAAUUUAGAUGCCUUGGCCUUCUCAGGAUUAAUUUUACAGAACUACUAUGUGACUCCAUUAUGCACUCCAUCAAGGAGUGCUCUGAUGACUGGGAAGCAUCCUAUCCAUACAGGAAUGCAACAUGAUGUGCUCUACGGAUAUUCCAGAUAUGGGUUACCUCUGUCGGAAAUCACUCUUCCUGAAUAUUUGAAGGAUCUGGGUUACAAGAACCACAUUGUAGGUAAGUGGCAUUUAGGCCACUACACAAGUGUGUACACGCCACUUUAUAGAGGAUUUGACUCCCAUUACGGAUACUGGACCGGGCAUCAAGAUUAUUAUGAUCACACGGCUGUCGAAUGGGUACAAAUAGCGCACGAACGUCUAAAUGCGUGGGGCUACGAUAUGAGGCGAAAUCAUUCCGUCGAUUGGUCCGCCUAUGGAAAGUACACGACAACACUUUUGACGGAUGAAGCCUGUGACGUAAUUACCAAGCACGAUGUCUCCGGUCCUCUGUUUCUUUACGUGGCCCAUCUUGCCGUUCAUUCAGCCAAUCCAUAUUCCCCAUUACAAGCGCCCGAAGAAACCGUUGAAAUGUUUUCCAAUAUUGAAGAUCUCCAACGAAGAAGAUACGCAGCUAUGGUCCACGAGCUAGACGUUUCAGUUGGCAAAAUAGUGAAAUCUCUUGGCGAUAAUAACAUGUUAGAAAACACGGUCAUCGUCUUCAGCACAGACAAUGGAGGACCUGCCGCAGGGUUCAAUCAAAAUGCCGCUUCCAACUGGCCUUUAAAAGGGGUUAAAAAUACUCCUUGGGAAGGAGGUGUGCGAGCUGCUGGCUUAAUAUGGUCACCUUUGAUUCCAAAGAGCCGACGAGGUCAAGUGAUGUCUAAUCUGAUGGACAUUUCCGAUUGGCUACCAACACUGUUUGAAGCCGCUGGCGGCGAUGUUGCGACUCUUAAAGGACUGGAUGGUGUUAGCCAUUGGAAUACUGUCCUCUACGAUAAGCCAUCUGCGCGUAAUCACGUUCUCCACAACAUUGAUGAUCAGCUGGGAUAUGCCGCCAUUCGCAAAGAAAAUUGGAAGCUAGUCAAAGGAACUACAUAUGAAGGAUCGUGGGAUGGCUGGUAUGGGCCAUCUGGACGUACAAACGAAAGCUCCACGAAUUUCAUCAAUAGCGUCGACGACGUCAGUCUAAUCUACAAAAAUGCGGUACUUGAUAGUGAUGCUGCUCAGUAUAUUGCAAUGCUGGGAAUGUCUGGAACGCAGAACCUUUAUCAGCAACUCCUCGACGCAGAAAUCAGUUGUGGCGAGCGACCAGUCGAUGCACAUCCUUGUUUGCCUUUGGAUGCCCCCUGCCUCUUUGAUAUCGAACAAGAUCCAUGCGAGUACAAUAAUUUGGCUGAAAAAAUGCCUCACAUCACCGAGGACUUGCUCAGUUUACUGAGCUGGUACAAUUCAACAGCAGUGGCUCCCCUCAACACUUCUCCAGAUCCCAUGUCUAAUCCCAAAUAUUGGAACUACACAUACACAAACUGGGCUGAUUUUGUGUAAACUCGGGUAAUAUGGUUACUAUCUUCUGUAAAUUGGCUCGACAAAGUACAUUGCGGCACAUAACCUUAAAUAAUUGAA